UCUAUGUGUACGGGUCAGUGGCAGCCAUUGUGAAUUUCAGUACAUACAACUGUUAAAUUUAUGCCAUAAAAAAGCCUUAUAACCCGACUUUAAAAUCGUUUUCAACCAAGAAGAAGAUUGAGUCGACAGAAAGGGGCGUGGUGCAAAGAAGAGAACAGUGAAGGACGUUUUGCAAGACCAAGGUCAUGGCCAGAUCAAUGAAACGAGCAUCCCCACUAAAACUGAAAGCAGAACUUGACAGAUCUAAUGAUUUAGCCUGCUGCAGACAUAUCAUUCGAUGCAUUAAGGAUGAGUAUGUCAAGUGAACUGGGAAUAUCCCCAGUCUUGUUACAAGCUAUAAGUGAAAAAAUCUCGUCAAAAGAUUCAAAAAUGGAUCCAACAUUUAUCAAACAGGAAAUGAUUGACAACCAUGAUAGUGUUUCUCAAAAUGAGGUAUCAUGUGACCCAAUUAUGAACCAAGAUGUGAGUCAGAUUCUUCCGGACAUUGUGAAUUCUGUUCAGCAGAGAAUUUCUAUGGAAGGAUCCAACAGAACUAUAACUGCUGAUGACAUUCGUCAGUUGAUUAGUUUGAAACUGGCUCAACAAGCUCAACAGCAAAUUUCUCAGAAUAGUGACGGACAGAAUUCUUUUGCCGUUAAUCAACCCAACACAACAACUGAUACGUCCAUGAUGAAUUUUCUAUCAAAUGUCGCAGCAACUCAGACGAAGUCAACAGCUGAUAGCAACAUAAAUAACAGUAAUAUAACCAACAAUUCUGAAGUGAGAAAUUUUGAGAAUGAAUCAAAUGUACAAGGUUCUUCAAAUUCAAAUCAAGUCUUCAUGUGUUAUAACAACAACCAGAACUCCAACACAACUGUACCCUCUCCGUCUAAUGAUAUUGUUGUGUCCGAUGCAGGAUCUGCGGUUAAUGUUGUUAUUGACCAAACUGGUCAAAGGUAUCUUAUGCAAGACACAGACUUGCAUGUUGAUCAGGCAAAAGUUAAUGAACAUCUAAUUAGACAGGCUAGAUAUAAUGAAAAAGGAGAAUUGGUCAUUUCUGACAUGGCUGUGGAUAAUGCUUCUGAAAAGACUGAAGGUGUUGAUCUCUCAGUAUCAUUGGAGUCACGUUUACACACAAACCAUCCACAAACAGUUGUAACAGAUCCUUGUCCAGUGUGUGGAGAUCAAGUUUCAGGUUACCAUUAUGGGAUUUUUACAUGUGAAAGUUGCAAAGGAUUUUUCAAACGAACAGUUCAGAAUAAAAAAGUGUUCCAGUGUCACAGGAAUAGUGACUGUGAUGUCCUGAGGGGUAACAGAAAGAAAUGUCCUGCAUGUAGGUUUGCAAAGUGUAUGUCUACUGGAAUGAAAAUUGAAGCUGUUAGAUUAGAUAGGACACGGGGAGGAAGGAGCUGUUAUGAUGGAUGUUCACCUCAUGGUCGCCCAAAUAAAACAUUCUUGGACAAGAAGACAACCCCAAAACCGAAAAAAAUGCAACCAGACUAUAUGAAACAUUUACAAACCAUGGAACUUAAGCUGCCAUCUGGAGAAAGCAUCUCAGGAAGUCACUUAAUGAACUUAUUACAGAAGACUCCUGUAAAACAAACUCAAGUUGUUACCCCAGUUGUUCCUCCAGUGUUAACGGAAAUAAUGAGCAUGGAGUCUCUGUUGUCAGAAGACGAGAGUAGCUCAGAAAUUCCAGAAAAAUUUGGCGAAGGGGAUCAAAACUUUUUCUUGACUUUUUUGCAAAUUGCUGAAGUGCGGUUAUAUAAAUUGGUGCGAUGGGCUAGGAAUCUUCCACAGUUUAGUGCAAUAUCAACAGAUGACCAGAUAUUACUGUUGCAAAAUGGUUGGGCGGAACUUCUCAUAUUUAACUGUUGUAUGAGAUCUGUUGAGAGUCGAACAGAAAUCUUUCUACCACUUGGUAAAACUGUUGAUCUGGAAAAAGCUCGUAGCAUCAGUGAAGGUUGCGAAGACAUUGUUCAACGAAUGUUAGAUCUGACUGAUCAGUUACGUAGACUUAAUGUUGAUCAGUAUGAAUAUGUGGCAAUGAAAGUUCUUGUACUCAUUACACCAGAUGUGAAAGGAAUGAAGGAAAAUUACAAAGCAAGAGAACAGCAAGAGCUAAUAAGUGAUGCUCUGUAUAAAUAUACUAUUUCACAUUAUCCACAGAACCCUGACAAGUUCGGUGAAAUGUUGCUCAGACUACCAGAGAUCACACGUGUCAGUAGUAUUGGUAAAGAAUUACUGAACACAUUGAUGCCACCUGGGUUUCAAUCCUGUGGACUAUUGUUUGAACUUCUCAAAGGAGAUGGAGCAACUAAAGAGGAAAGCUAGCAACACUUCUAAAAAUAAUUAUCUCUUCACUGUCUAUGUUUUCAUACUUGUAUAUGUUCAUGUAUCAGAACCAUGUGUACUAAGUGAUAUUGCAUUCGUUGAAUCAUGGAAUUUAAAUUGAGUAAUUGAUUACAUGUAUGUGCCAUAAUUGUGAAUAGUUGUAAUUAUGGAUAUUUAAAGGUUUACAUUACAUUAUGAAAAAUGUCAGUUCUAUUUCAGUUUCACCUGCCUCACUGGUUACUGAGGCACCACUUAGGCAUGAUGUGUCCUUUCAUUUAUUGACAUUUUUCAAAACGUGAAUAAAGAGUCUGCUCUAAAAAUGUUAACUAAUUAUACAGUAGAAAAAGAUGUUUUUAAAAGAGACGGUACUUACAAAUGAGAUCUUGUUAAAAUUUGACUUGUUUCCCAUUCAAAGGAAAUUUUCAGUUUCAGAAGGCAAGCAGAGGUCUACAAAAAUUUUGACGAAAUUUGAAAAUGAUAUUUAUAUUAUAAAUGUUUCUCAUUCAUGUCAUUAACAACUUUUAAAAAGAAUUUUUUUCAAUAAAGUUUUAUUCAAAUUUUA